UUAGGUCAGGCUUAAAAAUUUCAUAUCACUACUCGUGCACCCACAAGUAUUUGGGUUGAGCUAUAGGCUUUGAUAUUAAUCAGAAUGUGAAAAUGUGUUCUCUGAGCUUUUGAUCACUUGGUACAUUCCAGGAGGAAUACUCAGUUUGGUUUUUCCCAUCAUUAUAAGGCUUGAUUCUUUCUCCUGCCUGUCACUGUGUAGCUACCAUUCACCCAGUAGAAAUAUAUAAAAAUCCAGGUUUCUGUCAAAAUGGGAAACACUAUGUGAAAGUGCAAGACUUCAGUGAAAUAAUUGCUGUCUGCUGCCAUGACAACCAGCCGCUGCAGCUUUCUGCCUGAGGUCCCGACACACUGCACUGACUCUGCUGCUCCAGGAAAGACAGUUGAAGAACCCAACUGCCUUGUGAAUGAACAGCCGCAGUAUGUCAUGCAAGUUUCAGCCAAGGACGGACAACUGCUGUCGACAGUAGUCAGGACUCUUGUGACACAGAGCCCCUUCAAUGACAGGCCAAUGUGCAGAAUAUGCCAUGAAGGCAGCUGUCAGGAAGACCUACUAUCACCCUGUGAGUGCACAGGCACAUUAGGGACCAUCCACCGUAGUUGCCUCGAACAUUGGCUGUCAGCCUCAAAUACUAGCUUCUGUGAGCUCUGCCAUUUCAAGUUUGCAGUGGAGCGUAAGCCAAGGCCACUAAUAGAGUGGUUACAAAACCCAGGUCCUCAGCAUGAAAAACGGACUCUGUUUGGAGAUAUGGUGUGCUUUCUUUUCAUAACCCCACUGGCAACCAUCUCGGGCUGGCUGUGUCUGCGUGGGGCUGUGGAUCACCUUCAUUUCAGCAGCAGACUGGAGGCUGUCGGACUUAUUGCACUGACUGUUGCACUGUUCACUAUUUACCUCUUUUGGACACUAGUUUCCUUUAGAUACCACUGUAGACUGUACAAUGAAUGGCGUCGGACCAACCAGAGAGUUGUUCUCCUGAUCCCAAAGUCAACGAAUGCUCCCUGCACACAGCAGUCCUUACUUGGAUUACCCCCCAUCAAAAGAAAUUCCAAGGAGACCAUUGUCUGAUGACACAAACUCACCGAAAGUAGAUCGAUUCCAUCCAAAGACUCUUUGCAUAAUAAUUUAUGCAGAUUUGUUGUUCACUUUUGAACAAUAUUUUUAUAUACAAAACUGCUGCCAUAACUGAACUGUGAACUUUUAUACCAUUAUGUUCAUUAAAUCAUUGAGCCUUUGAAGAUGGGCAGAUAGAAGCUCAAAAAGUUUUAAAUCUACAGUCCCUGAACUGACUUUUUAUGCAAAUUCAACAGUGCUUUAUAGUAAAUGGUUUUUCUGCCUAAAAUUCAAAUAUAUAUAUAUAUUUAAUUUAGUGUAUAUGCUGGAAGGUAAUUCUCAUUAAAUCUCUGUUCCUCACUACAGCAAUGCAAUGCAAAACUGCUGCCACAUUUUGGAAGAAAUGUUUUAGCUGAAAUACUCAAACAUCUGAGAAUGACAUUAAAAAAAGGUGGAUGGGCUUCACUAUGCCUUUAGUAUGCAACACUUCCAGUGGUAUGAAAUGUUUGGGGAUGCUCAGUCUGGUAGGCUUGCACAUUUUAUUGACAUUUCUCCACCAUUUUUCUGUUUUGUAAAUAUUAUAUGGAGCCUUUUAUUUAGGAACAAGUUCUGUGGCAUUCUUGUUUGUAGUUACAUGCAUUUUGUUUAAUUAACAAACAUUUUUAUACAGUUCAUUGUUUGCAUAGAACAGUCAUAAAGGUGUUCAUUUGUGAAAAACUGCAUCAGGGCACAGGCUCAAGGAGCAUUGUCCAUCAACACUGUGUGUCUGUUCAUGUAUAAUAAUAUAUCGCAGUUGAGCGAUUAUAUAUUUGAUUCAGCGCCCAUCAAAGAGCACACUUUUAACAUGGUAUCUUGCAGGUCAAGUUAGGAAGAUAAACUACAACACAGAAUCAUUUGGCACACUAUAAACAACACGGAAACAAACAUCAUGUGGUAAAUAAUAGAACUUUCAGGAACUUAGAGACUUGAUUAAAUUUUGAAAAAAUUAUGUGAAUAGCAUUGACAAAACCUAUUACAGUGUGUAGUGGACAAGAAAGUGAAACACACGUGUAUGCCAAGUAUAUGCAAAUCAUACGUCACUUAUGCAUAUGAUGUACAUAUGUAAAUGACAUGCCAGCAUGGCUGGUAUCCAUGCUUAAAAGAGUAGAAACAUAAGUAGCUUCUAAAAAGAGGUGAUGCUUCACCAAUGAUGGCUUAGUGUGAGGUGUGAAGGAAGAAACCCAAAGAGAAAGAGCAGGUGGAAAUGCAUAUUCUAAGAUAGUAAUACCAGUUUCAUUUUGGAUUGCAAGUGAUAUGCUGGUUAGGUGAGUUAGAAUUGCUAAUUUAGCCCUAGUGUGUUUGCUUGCGUGUGAGUGCAUUCACCUUUGGUUCCUGCCUUUCACCGAAUGAAUGCUGAGAUAGGCUGCAGCUGCCCUGCAACCCUGCCCUGGAUAAGCAGGUUAAGAAAAUGCAUGCAUGAACAGGUAGAUGAAUAAGAAAACCAUCACAGAUCCUCAGAGCUUCAUUAGGUGUGAACUAUGCAGAAUAGAGAUGCCAAAGUCAAGUUGUCAUGCUCAGAUCACUUAACAUUUAAGGUUUGAAAGUAUUCCAUAUUCAGUGGCUCAAGAAGUGAUGUAUAAGAUCAAGAUCAGUAAUUCUUCAAGUUGACUUCACCAAAGAUAUUUACGUAUUCUUGAACGAUGAUGCCAGUACUUAGCUGGGUGUGAUGUGGUGCACAUUUUUUUGACUAUACUCAUUGCCUUAGAUGGCAGGUCAACAUCUGGCUAUGUCUGAGUGAUUUGGGUGUGUCUUUUACAGUGACAGUUCCUCAUUGCGUAAUUAUUUGCAAGCACAACACAGGAUCCAUUAUCCUGUCUGUUGUCAAAUUUGAACCUCUCAUUGCUCAUUUACUGGAACACUAUUUGAGCACCACAUUAGUUGAGAAGAAUUUCUCAUGGGCAAAAUCAGCAUUGUUUUUCUUAAAUAAUUCUGGAAUGCUGCUAAAUUUGUGUAAAUAUAAAGUGAUUUGACAGUGGGGUUUCAAUUUUCCAGCUAUACACACAAACACACACAAACAUAUUCUGUUUUGUGUUUAGCAUUAUUAGAAACCCUGACCCUCAUUCCAUAUGUCAAAUUCUAUUCUCAUUUUAAGUGCCCAUUGCUUGACAUUUAGAUUAAUUUUUCAAUAAAACCAAUUCUAACUGAAAGUGUACACUGUAACUGUAAAAACACAACUUGAAAUCAAAUAUGGAACUAGAAAGCAUAAAAGCUUGUGUAUUGUAUUGUGGUUACAUCUUUAUUCUUUACUUAAGAACACUUUUUUAUACAAAAAAUCUCAGUGUUUGUAAAGAAAGUGAUCAAGGCUUGAAUUUAGUGAAAAAUGGCAUCGGAACAUGGGUUCAAAAUGUGUAUAACUAAUAAUAAUAUAUUCCAUAAAACCAAAAUGGAAUAAUUUCCUUUGUUAAAUUGAUUAAUAGUUAAGUUGAUUAAUUUUUAUGUGUUUUAAAAUUUAACUCAUUUUUGUCUUAUUUAGACUAAUUUUUAUUUCCACUCAUUUAUUAGUUUAUUAAUGUGAAUGCUUUCAACCAAGUAUUCACAUUAAUAAAAGGACAAUAUCUAAGUGUCCAGUUGGUAAGGUGAGGAAGAAAAAGUUAAACAGAAAAUGUGGUAGUGUCUUUUUUGCACAUACUCAGGCCACAUGAACAAACUUUAAGGCUGCACUACUAAUGACUAAUAAAAUUGAUGAAGUCAUCAAGAAACCAAAGGCCCCCACACAACUAGGCAAGAGUCACUAAAGCAGGCCAAUUGCGGCAGCGACCACAACCACAUUUAACCAGCAAACCACUUUGGCUAUAACAGUGGUUAGUUUUGAACUGCAAUGGCAACAGGUAGUUCUGUCUGAACAGGAAAAGGCUAACGUGAGAGAAAGGGAUUAGGCACAUAUUAUUUAUACCAGACCAAAUGGACCACUCAUGUACCAAAAUAAAAAAAAAAAAGAUGUCUAUGUUGAUUCUUUAAAUUUCAACUUGUCUUGGACCUCUUGUAACUGAGGCAGAAAAUCAAAUUAUUUUAACUUGUGUAAAACAAGACAAGAGGUCAAGAUAAAGGUUUGGGAAGUCUUCACAACAAUCCUCAUUUAGUGCAUGGUAAAAUCAAAAUAAUCAAUAAUUGGGGAAAAAAAACAAAUAGGCAUGGACCGUUAGGGUCCUUCGAGCAAUCAGUUGCUCCUGUAGAGGAGCUAUGUCUCUCGCAGUGGCAGGUUCUCAAUGAACGCCGACUUUCUGGUUGUCUCAUCUUUAUAUAGUGGAAGAGGCCGGGCGUCCAGGCUUAAACAGGAAGUGACGUCAGUGCUGUCUACAGGUAAAAAGACAGAAGGAGUCUGCAAGUGCACCCUCUUGGUUGGGAGUAUGUAUAACAUUCUACUCGACACCAGCUGCUUUUCAAUAUAUUUUUUUGCAUAUUUCUGGCCAAAUAUUGCUAUACUGUACAAAACCUUUUUAAACUUUAUAUAUUGGUGGAACAGUAGUUAGCAAUUUUGUGCUUCAUGGACACAUUGUCCACAACCCCAUUGCCUGUGAGGAGUUUGGAAAUUCCUCUCUAAAUCAGAGUAACUUGGCCUUUCCAGAUUUUGCCCUGUGAUGGAAUGGUACUGCCUCUAGGGCUGGUUCUUGCCUUGCUUCUAGUGCUGGCAGUAUAACGUUUGACUCCCCCAUGACCUUGAAUGGCCUCAUGUUGCGUCUAAGAGAUGUAGUUAGGCUAGAUUCAAGCAUUCAAAGUCACUUGUCCCGACAGAGCUGCCCACCAGUAUGAGAGACAACUGCUAGAUGUUAUUAGUAACAGACCAGGAGUUGUGUAUGGUUUUUGAGACAGAAACUAGAACAAACAAGUUUGUAAAUAGACAGUGGAUUGCUAUCAAAACCCAAAGGGCUUAAUCAUUUUUAAUGCCAAACAAGAAUUGUCAGGCGUCAAUAAUAGGAGCAUUUUAAUUCAACUGAAGCCAAAAUGUUAAAACUGAAAAGCUAUGAGACAUUACCAGAGAAUCAGAAACAAGAGCAUGAAACCAAUACUUGUUUACAGUUCAAAUCCAUAAUCCUGGACAAAAGACUAAUGAUGCUAUACUGGAAUUUAUAAGAACGUUUUUGUAAUGCAAGUCAUGGUGCGUCAUGGGAAACAUAUUCCCCCCUCCCAAAAUCAAUCCCCGACCCCUCCCCCCCACCCACCCUUCUUCUUUAGGCUUCUGCCAUUACGGGUCACCACAGCGGAUCAUCUGUUUCCAUAUCUUCCUGUCCUCCUACAUCUCGCUCUGUCACUUCUACCACCUGCAUGUCCUUUCUCACCACAUCCAUAAGCCUCCUCAUGGGCCUUCCUCUUUUCCUCUUACCUGGCAGC